CUUUUUCAUGCAAACUAAUGCAAACGUUAACUAAAACAUGUUUAGAUAAGAAUGCUGAAUAAAUGGUUUGUUGUUCUUCUAUCUUUAACCUACACAGCAGGUGAACGUAUAAGACCUCAGAUAGAUGUUAGUUAUGAAUAUGUUGAAGAAGGAGAUGCCCUGGAUCUCAGGUGUAAUGUUAGGGCUCACCCUCCCUCAUAUACAAUUAAAUGGACCUGGGACAAAUCAAAUCUUGAUGCAAGAGUUGAAACCCUAGAUAUCGGUUCCUCACAUAUACUCAGAAUACAUAUACACGACAACAAAUAUUAUGACCUAGAGGGGCACUACUACUGUAGAGCUGAGAAUGCUGUUGGGGAAACUGAAGCUGUUCUCACUAUAGAAGAGCCUGUAAAUGGUAAACUGAAGAUCUAUGAGAACGUGAACGCAGCCGGGCAGAAUACUUUUAACAUGUUCAUGUUCAUGUUCAUCCUCGUAUCUAGCUUCAUGAAUAUUAUCUAAAAUUAUUUACAUUUACAAUGUUCAUGUUCAUAUUAACUUUCAUAUUCAUGUUCAUCAUAGUUUUCAGCAUCUAAUAUCAUGUUCUUGUUCAUACUAAUUUCCAUGUCUAUGUUUGUAUUAAACAUAAACAUCUUCCUCAUAUGCAUUAGAAUUCUCAUGUUCGUGUCAAUGUUUAUAAUCAUGAUCAAUAAACAUAUAAAGACCAUUAAUAUUUUCAUGAUAAUGCAGUUUUCAUUCUUUAUUUAUGAUCCUGCUUUCGUUCAUCUUAUUAUCUGUUACAUAUUAUUGUGUAUUUACGGAUCAUGUCAUGUUCAUGUUUCUGUUCAUUUAUAUAGUCAUGCUCAUUUACAUACAUUUUAAUGUUUAUGUUCAUUUCAUUUUCAUGUUCCAUUUCAUGCUUAUGUUCAUUUUUAUUAUCAUUGUGUUAUUCAUAACAACCAUGUUUUUAAUCUCAAUACUAUGAUUAAAGCACAAUGAAAAUAAAUCUUUUCCCAAGGGUUGUGUUCUCCGAUGUUUUAGCUAAAAAUCUUGAUAGUUUUUCUCAUAACUUGGCUCUUGGCUAGGGUUUCCAGCGAAAAGGAAAAAUCGUUUCGCGAAAUUUUCGCAUCUUGCAUGUGAAAUCUGAAAAUUUCGCGAAAAAAAUUUCGUGAAAUUUCGUUUUGUUUUCGCGAAAAAAUGCGAAAAAGUAUACAAAAUCCGAACGAAAUGCGAACGAAAAUUUUCGUUAUUUUUCGUGAAACGUUUCGUUCGCUGGAAACCCUACUCAAACAAACCUCAACAAUAUUUUAACAAUGGCCCCGUUCGAGAUAAGUUAAAGUUGAACUGAAACAUCAUUGCGCCACAACACUUUGUUUGUAACCUUCUACCUAAAGUGUUAAAAAAAUGUAGAUUAAAUAUUUUUAUGCUAG